AUGACGGCUCAGGUCAGCAGAGCGAUGUUUCCUCUGAUGCUGAGUUUAGUUGUAGGAGCCUCUACCUUUAUCUGGAUUCUGACUCCAGCAGUUGCCUUCCAGCUGCCUCUCUGCCAGCUUGUCAAUCAGACAAUUUCUCUGGAAAAGGAGGGCUGUUCCGGGUGUCAUCCAGUGGAAACAACCAUCUGCAGUGGGCAUUGCUUUACCAAAUAUCCCAUCAUGGCUAUAAGAUUCAGCAAAGUGUACCAGCAUGUGUGCACAUAUCAGGACAUUUACUACAAGACCUUUGAGCUUCCUGACUGCCUGCCUGGAGUGGACCCAAUCGUCAGCUACCCCGUGGCUUUAAGCUGCCACUGUGGCCGCUGCGCUAUGGACACGUCUGACUGCACCUUUGAGAGCCUGAAUCCUGACUUCUGCAUGAAUGAUAUUCCUUUUUACUAUUAG